UGUGAACCUGGGGCCACACGCGUGUGCGGCUCCUCCGCAGCUGCACCCGCGUGAAUCCAGACCCAGCUGAACCAACUACAACAUGGACUGCUCCUAGCAGAUUGUUUCCUACCAGAGAACUAAGCUGUGACCCCAUGCCCGCCCGGGAGGGGAAAGGUAUUUCUCUCUCUCGCCUGUCCCUUCCCGGGGAUGAAGGGCGUGGGGGCCGCCAUAUUAUGACGGACGAUCACAGAUGGGGUUUACAAGCUUGCAGUGAUCGAAUAUCCGGAAGAAAUAUCCCUGGACUUAGUUGUUAAAGUACAGAAAUACAAGACCUCAUUUCUCUUCACAACAGGUCUGACUCUAGUGGGGUGCUCCUAAUAAUAAUGACCAUGGUAUCAGAGGAAGAAACAUUGAAAAAACUGUACAAGAACAAUAAUCCACCAACUCCUUAUCUUUGUGUCAAAACACCAAAAAAGCAUGAUGGCUAUCUUCCUGAUGUCUGUACUUUUGGGACUUUCAUGUGGGCAAGCAAUGUCUUUCUGUUUUCCAACUGAGUAUAUGAUGCACGUAGAAAGGAAAGAGUGUGCUUAUUGCCUCACCAUCAACACCACCAUCUGUGCUGGAUAUUGUAUGACACGGGAUAUCAAUGGCAAGAUGUUUCUUCCCAAAUAUGCUCUAUCCCAAGAUGUUUGUACAUACAGAGACUUUAUGUACAAGACUGUAGAAAUACCAGGAUGUCCACAGCAUAUUGCUCCUUAUUUCUCCUAUCCUGUAGCUCUAAGCUGCAAGUGUGGCAAGUGUAAUACUGACUACAGUGACUGUGUACACGAGACUAUCAAGACCAACUAUUGUACCAAACCUCAGAAGCUCCAGAUGGUAGAACUCUCCACCUAACUGCAAUAGUGCUGUAAUUUGC